AUGAAUGAAAAAUAUUCCGAAACGUACCAAAUAGAACUUUUCAAACAACUGAAGGCAUCAAAACUUUACUCGGAUCUCUUCAAUGCAGCACAAGAAGAAGUGAAUAAACCCAGUGUUAAAUUAUCAGAUUUAAGAAGGACAGUUCAAUCAGCAUUAAAAGAUUCAGGUUGGGAUAGAAAGUUACGAAAUGCUGUUUAUAAACACAUACAAAAUAAUACGACUGAUGUUAACCCGAAAUAUCCAGUAGAGUAUAAUAAAGAACGGUUGGGUUACGUUCUGAAGGCACAGCAAGCCUGGGAAAAGAAAAUAUUAAAAAGUUUGAACAGUAUGUGUACAGAAUUAAGUAUCCCAUUAGCUAGGAAGAGAACAGAGAGAGAACAGAAAGAUUUAAAUCAGAGGUGGUUUGAGCUUGGUGCUGAAGGACCAGAUUUGAGUGCAAUCAGACCAGUAUAUGCACCGAAAGAUUUUUUAGAAGUGAUCAUUGGUUUAAGUAACACUAAUUACAGAUCUAAAACAGAAUCAGGAUUUAACUUAUGGGGUAUCGUUCAGCCACCAUUGAGUGUAAAAUCCAUGGAUGAAUUGCGUUUCCAGUAUAACGAAAUGUCCAUUAAUCAAUGCCAGUCCGGAAUGGACGAUGGUCAAGAUUUGUCCAUGGAGUUAUUUGAUCUAGAUAGGUAUAAACUUGGUAAAAAAGUUAUUGGAGUAAACCAUGGUCCUCUAGCUAGUGAGUUUACUAAGAAAGGUAGUGCUGUAGGGCUAAGAUCUGAAUUAUGGUGUCAGAUGCUGGGAGUACAGGUUGAUGAUGUGGCAGUGUUAUACUAUGAACAGUUAAAGACCAACGUUUUACAGCAUGAAUUAUUGGUAGAUAAUUUGCUAUACAAGGACGUCAAGUUAACAGCUACGAAUGAUGAUCAUUACUUCGUGUUUGAAGAUUUUCUGUAUCAGGUCUUGUUACCAUUCUCUAGAGAUGUAACAGUACUCAACCAUCUAAUGAACAAUUCCACCAUUACCCCAGCUAAAUCCUAUAUUCGUGGUAGAAUGGGACUAGAGGAUUCUGCUGUAUAUUAUCCUCCUAAUGGUGUUAUCCCAUUUCAUGGUUUUGCUAUGUAUGUAUCACCACUAUGUUAUUUAUAUAAAGAACCUAUCAAGCUGUACUAUGUUUUCCGUGAAUUCUUUAUGAGAUAUUUCUUUCGAUUACAUUGUCUAUCAUCCCAUCCACAGGGUAUUCUUUCUUUAAGUUUAUUAUUUGAAACAUUACUACAAGAUAGGGAACCUGAGCUGUUUUUUCAUUUAAAAUCAGUCGGUUGUCAACCAUUAAAGAUUUCCUUCAAAUGGUUGAUGAGAGCGUUCUCAGGGUUUCUAGCCAGUGAUCAAGUUUUAGUAUUAUGGGAUAGAAUUCUAGCGUACAAUUCUCUAGAAAUAUUAUCAGUGUUGGCAGUUGCUAUAUUUUCUUUUAGAAAAACCAAUUUAAUGAAAGUUCAAACAUUUAAUGCAGCUGAAGGGGUUUUAGCAGAUUUAACAACAUUACAAGUGGUACCUUUAAUACAACUCACACUGUUCUGUAAAACCUGAUGAAUUCUAGAUCUUAAAUGACACCUAGAUUGGAAUGUUUCCUAAAUUUUUAAAUAAAGUGGGGAAAUAUUGCUGGCUUUAGAUCUGAACUUGGCAAAGUUUAUUAAAUAUUAAAAUGUUUAUAAAUGACAUGUAAUAGAAAAUUAUCUGAUGUAGAGAAGAGAAUGAGACAAAAUCAUUGUGGAAAGUUCAAAAAUAUAAAAAGGAUGCCUCAAUGACAGAUAAAACAAAAAAUUUCAGAAUUUAAUCAAUAAUGUUGUUAAAUUUGUUUCAGAAUCAUGAUUUUAAUUUAUUUAUUUUGUUAAUUUAUUGUUAAAUAAAAUAAAAGAAUG